AUGCCGCCAACAGUGGAGGCCCAAGACGAUCCAGAACCGAAAGCUUUCGAAACUCCAGACAGGUUGACGAUAUAUAGCUUCUUCUCAGCAUUAAGGGACACUCUGAAAGCUCUCUCAAACCUCCCGAUACCCACCAUCUCAGCAAUCAGUUCAAGCGCAUUUGGCAGCGGCUUCGAGCUAGCCCUUGCCACCCAUUUCAGGGUCAUGUCGUCGAACGCCUACAUUGCGCUCCCAGAGACUGGUCUCGGAAUAAUCCCCGCCGCAGGCGGGACCCAUCGACUGUCCUCCCUCAUAGGCGUAUCCAGAGCACGGGACAUCAUCUUGACAGGCCGACGGGUGACGGCACCAGAGGCCAUUUCCAUGGGAAUCACAAACAGGAUGGUGGACAUCAGCCCCGAUGAGCCCGGGCUGGACGAUUCGACCUUGCUGGGGGUUGCACGGCGGAAGGUGCUGGUCGAGGCGAUCCGGUUGAGCGAGGAGAUCUGCGAGGGUGGUCCUGUAGCUGUAAGGGCGACGAUACAGGCCCUGAAGGAGCCUGGAGAGAAAACAGAGAAAGCUAUGAUGGAGAGAGUCGUGGGGAGUGAGGACUGGGUCGAGGCGCUGAGGGCUUUUGGUGAGAAGCGGAAACCUGUAUUCAAGGGCAGAUGA